ACACACACACACACACACUGGCAGACAACCAUAUGCCUCCACUGCACUUGUGCACUGAGGCAUAAAUAUGUGUGCAUUUGCUUUUAGACGUUUAGCAUCAUUGCAGAAAAGAAGAGAGUUGAGAGCUGCUGGUUUAGAUGUGAGGCUGAGACCAAAGAAAAGCCGUAGAAGAGGUGUAGAUUACAGUGCUGAUAUUCCAUUUGAAAAGAAGCCUGCACCUGGUUUUUAUGACACAUCUGAGGAAAAGCAUGCUACCAUUCUUCCAAACUUUAAGCGGCUUCGGCGUCAUGAUUUGGAUGAAAAGCGACGAAAGCAUGAAGAAGAACGUGAACGACGGAAAGACAAAGAAAGACAGAAAAAAAGAAAGGAGAUGGACUUACCGGGUGCUGUUAGUCAAAUCAGCAAGUUGAACAGUGCAGAGCCAGUAAGAAAGAGGAGCAAACUAGUGCUUCCUUCACCACAAAUUUCAGAUAUAGAAUUGGAAGAGGUUGUUAAGUUGGGGCAGGCAAGUGAACAAGCUCACAUUUCAGCCAUUGAAGAUGGAAUGUCUGCAGCUAGUCAGUCCCUCUUGGCUGACUAUUCUAUAACUCCAGCAUCUGGGAUGAGUCUUCGAACUCCACGAACACCUGCCGCUAAUGAUAGUUUACUUCAGGAAGCUCAGAACCUCAUAACUCUGACACAGGCAGAAACCCCGCUUGCUGGUGGUGUUAAUGAACCUCUUCAUGAGACGAGUUUUGAAGGAGUGACACCAAGACGGCACCAAAUUGAGACUUUUAGGACACCAGAACGUGGAGGAGCUACUCCUCGAACUCCUGUCAGAGACAAACUUUCAAUUAAUCCAGAUGAGGCAUUGCUCGAUGAUUCUGAGGAAGCAUUGAAGCAGCAGGAACAAGAGAUUAUGAUGCAGCUUAGAGAAGAGCUUGCUGGCUUGCCUACUCCAAAAAAUGACUUUGAGAUUGUCAUGCCUGAGAUGCCCACUGAAGACAAACCAAGUAACCGUCGUUUUGUUCCUGAUGCUUCUGAUCUUGAUGCUGCUGCACAGGCAAAAGUUAAUGCAGAAGGCGUUGUUGCGAUUGGAGUACGUAGCUGUGCCUCGUUGUUGAAGCUAAUAUCAAUCAUUGGGUGUUCUAGGAACACACGCAUAGCACCACAUCAGAAACAUUGGCUGCAUGCUACUCAUGUGUCAAAGUCACUUGCAACCACUAAUGCGAAGGCUGACGUGGCUCAGCUCAGCUCGGCUCGCUAUGCGUACUCGUGUGAAAAGGAUUAG